UCGUUGCAGCUUCAUAUGUGGGGUUCACGUAUACGUACAGCAAGCUGCACGGGUUCUUCAAUGACGUGAUCAAACAGACCACCUAUAGCCCACCAGAUCUCAAGAUGGUUGAGAGCGACCAUUACCGGACGUUGGAGCAGGCCAAUCCCCGGGCAAAUGGACCGGCGAUUUCGAUGGUCAAUGCACUUGUCGGGGAUCCACACCAGCAGCAGCCAACAGUCGAGAGACAUGGAUUUCAGAAGAAUGUCGGUUGAUGCGUCGAUGGGCCCGCCGCGCCAAUUCUUGCUCGACUCCUACAACGGCGCAAGUCACCAGAUGUGGAACACUGGAAACGCAGCUAGGCAGUUUAGCGUAGAGCCAUGGCAUAGCCAGGACCAGCGCACCCUGAAUCUGAGGGUAUCGUCAUUGACCCUGCGCCUAAGCAUGCUACAGAGAUGAGCAAUGAGCAACCCGUAUCACAGGCCAGCAACCAACCAUCCGGUUACAAAUUCAGUGGAGUGCAGAGGUUGCUGGGCCAAAUAGAGCGGUUGGGCGAACC